ACGUUCUCGUACAAAGAUAAAUAGACUAAAGGCUUUAAAUUGACGUUACUCGUUUACAUUUAAAUAAGCACUCGCACUGAAAAUGUCAACAUUGCAAAAUAAACAGUAAACAUUUGCUGAAGUCACGAGAGUCUCGUUAUUUGUUUUAACAACUAAGCACAGUGGUUAGUAAAGUCUUUUUAUGUCAAAUAAUGUGUUGAAAACAACUACCAUUGAAUUCUAAAAGAAAUUGUUAGCCGGAUUUUAAAACGUUAUAUGUUCCAAGUGAUUUAGGUUUAUACAAUAAAAUGGGAAAUAGUCUAUUUAGCAGCUCAGUUAAAAAAGAAGUAUCAUCACUUCCAGUAAGAUUAGAACAAGAACUUAAAGAAGGUACUGAAGAUACCCAUGAAGGAUCUACACUUGUGUCUAAAAAUGAUUUGGCUUAUGAUGAAUUCAUUUCAAAAUGUUGUGGUGAAAUAAGCUAUAAUAUUGGAAGUGAUUGGUUGCGAUGGGGAAGACACCUUGGUUUAAGUGAUUCAGAUCUUGAUAAUAUUGGCUCUGAUAACAAAAAUUGUUAUGAGAAAGCUGAUAAUGUUUUAAAAAAAUGGAAGCAAAAAAAUGGAAAUCCUUUAUGGGAGCAAUUAAAAAAAGAAUUAACGGCUUUUGAUCGUUUAGAUAUUGUGUAUAAAAUUAAAUCAAAAUUUGAAGAUACCUUAUCAAGUCAAGGAAAAAUUAGCACUAUUGAAUGUCGAAUUCCUCAUGGUUGUGUUUUUAAGUUUGAUUUACUUGAAGAUGAAAUUUGCAGCGAAGUCGAAUUCCAAUUAAACAGUGUUGUUAAUAAUUGGACAGCUAUUAAUAAUAAGAAACAAGCAUUUCAAUAUUAUUUAACAAAAAAAAAGAAUGCGACAUUGUUUGUGAAAGUAGAAAAGUUAUUAUUUGAAAAUGAAACACUUAAUUUUAAGUUUUCAUUUCAAGGUUUAAAAAAAACAUUCUUUCAACAUUUUUGUUCAGUUAAUAUUAUAGGUAAUUGCAACUAUGAGUUAAUCUAUAAUGGGUUGUGUGUUGCAACACCUGAACCAAUUUCCAACAACGGGUUUAGACAAAAUGUAAGAACAACAAAUUCUUUGGAUUGGAGAGAGACAAACAAUAUUUGUUUAGAUAAAAUACCUAAUAAUAAAUCAAUAGAGUUAAUUGGAUUAGAUUAUUUUAAUAGAAAUUUUUCUGAUUGUAAUGAUGUUAUUUAUGUCACUUCUUCUAUUGCUGAUAAUGAUAAUUUAGUUGCUUCCAAGUUUAUUGAAAUAUUUACUGUCAAUUGUACAGGUAUACGUGCUGUACUACCUGGUUACCGUUUACGUUAUCAUGCAUCUCUUUUAAAGUGCAAUGUUGAAAAGUUUACUAAUUAUAAUGAUGAAAAUAGAAUAACAAUUUUUGUCUCUGAACUCAACCUUGUUAUAAUUGCUCGUGUUGCUACUUCAAUAUAUUGCCUCAAGCUAGAAUCUGAACAGUGUUUAAAUGAUGUCAUAUUAUUUGUUAAUGUUAACAAUUCUCUAAUUGAUACUAAUAAACUAAUUAUUUUGGGAGUUGUAGUUUUACCUUUACAUGAUCGUAAACAUUUGAAAGAAGAGUUAUUUUAUCACUUCUCAGAGGAUUUUGAUUUAGAUAAAAUUUUGUUUCUAUGUAAAGAUGACAUUGAAGAUGAGAAUUUUGAAACUUGGUGGAGAUUAGUUGUAGCUUACUGCAUUAAAAAAGUAAAUCCAAAAAAUAAUAGUGAAGUACUAUUUAAAAAACUCAUCAGUUUAACUAUGAUGUCAAUGUCUAUAGUUGACCAUUGCUAUCCCACAUUAGAAUCAGAUACUCAAAAACAGAUACAAUCAUUGGUUCUUAAUGUUGAACAAAGAAAUGCAAUCAAUGACAAAGCUUUGAAAAAAAUCAUCACUGGAGGAUAUGGUUCAGGUAAAUCUAUAGUAGGAAAAGAGAUUGUUAAAAAUUGUAUUUCUCAUAAGUCACAAAAUCCUUUGACCCUAUUUUAUAUAUGUUGUAACCAUUUUUCAUUGUAUGAAUGCCAUAUGAAAGAGUUUGUUGACAGUAUAGAGAAAUCUUCAAAUGUUAAGGUUGUCUGUGAUAAUUUGUAUGAGUUGUGGAAAAAAAUGUGCAAAAACAAAAGCACUUCAAGCAAUUACAUUUCAAUACCAAAAUUGCUAGAGUAUUUAGCGAGCACCAACGGUAACAAAGUAUGUUUUGUACUUGAAGAACUUUCUGAAGAGUAUGUUAAAGAAGAAGAUGCAGCUCAACUUAAACAUUUGUUUGAAUCUAUAUUAAAAGAUUCUUUAGUCGUUUUUAUUCCUGAGAGUAUUACAAAGAAUCGAGAAUUGAUAGCAAAUAAACAAAAGCGUACAAUACAAAGAAAUUACUUUCAAGAAGAAAUAAUAGGAAUGAAGGUCAUAUCUCUAAAUAAAUCAAUGAGAGUUACGGAAUGCAAUAAACUAUUAAUAGAUAUUACUCAAAAAACUAUUUGUGAAACAAAAAGUGUUUUAAACAUUCCAAACACUAACUUUAAAAUAUUGGAAGAAGGUAAAGAAAAUAAUUUGUUUAGAGUUAAAGAUAAGCAAAUUGAGGAAGAGAAAGAUUUUCAAAGUUUGCAUAUGUUGACAUAUGAUUCUAGAAGUAAUUCUAAAAAUGUAACACCUAAUUUUAUAGAAAACUAUGUAAAAGAUGAGGAAAAAAUAGAUGACACGCCAUAUUAUGACUUAAUUGACACCAUUAAGGUAAAUAAAGAUAUUAAUUAUGCAUCUGUCAUAGUUAAAAAAGAUAACAGUUUUGCAUCAAAUAUUACUAAUGAUGAAACUGUUAAUAAAUUUAAAGACUCAACAGAUUCAAAAAUUACUAACAAAACUGUUGAAAUUACUAACAAAACUGUUACUAGCAAAACUGUUAAAAACUUUACAGACUAUAAAUCAGAUCAGUCUCCAGAGAAAUUAGAAAACAAGAUUAUUGAUACAAUUUUUAAUGAUUUUCAUGACAAUGAUUUAGAUUACAUGGCAAAGCUAAUAACAAAAAGUAUUAGUAAUAUUGAUCCAAAAUGUCAUAUGGAGACUGAAUUUGUUUUCAAAUCGGGUAAAAUAGGUCACUCAAUUAAAGGAGAAAAACCCAAGGUUGUGUAUUUACCUUUUCAUGAUAUAACAGACAAGCAAUCUGUUAAAUUGUUAUCCAUUGUAUUAGAAAAAAUUUGUUUUAAUGUAUUAAGAAAAACUGUGGUUAUAUGCAACAAUAUCGAAGAAGUGCAAUCUGUUGCAUAUGCAAUAGAUACAAUUAAAAAUUUUAAAGCAGUAACAUAUUCACCUCAUAUGCAGAAAUACUCUCCAACAUUAGAGGCAAAAUUUAAAAUUCAUAAUAAUUUAAGAAGUGAACUGGACAUUCUUGUAACUGACUGCAAAGGGUUUUCAGGAGCGGAAUCUGAAUCUGUAAUUGUGUUUGUAAGUCCAGAAGAGAUUUUUCUUCGUCAUGUUCUUGUGGAUGCUAUUUCUAGAUCAAACUCAUAUUUAACUGUGUUUGUUAAGAGUUACAGUUGUAUCAAAGAGCUUUUAAAUAGCGACAAAACUAUUGGAAAUGUAUUAAAAUUUUGGUCAGAAGAGGUAGUUGAAAAAAUUACUGUUGUAACAUCUAAUAAAGAAAAUCAAAAAUCAAAAGAUGGUUUCUUCAUAGUAGAUGAGAAUUGCAAGGUGUUUAUUGAUCGUGGAUCUACUAUUGAUUUUGAAAAAUACAAGAGAAGUUUACAGUUUGAAGUCUUUCAUAAAAAUAACUUCAUAUACAAAACUAUGGCUUCUAAUCUGUCUUAUCAAAAUGAUUUGGCAAGGUUGUCUGCUGAACUUAAAAAUUUUUAUCUUAAGUAUUAUGGAAAAAUAGGUGAACUACAACCGCUAUUACAAGAAUUUUCAAAAUUCUGCAAAACUCAAAAGAGAAAUCUGAUAAAUAAGACUUUUGAUUUUAGUGUUGAACAAAAUUUAUUUUUUGAAAACCAAAUGAGUUAUACACCAAUUAAAUAUAGUGAAAUAUUUUCAAAUGAAAAAUCAGUAAUAUUAAUAUCUGGAAUAGCUGGUAUUGGGAAAACAUGGUUGCUUAAAAAAUGUUUGGUUGAUUGGUCAAAUGGUUUAGUUUGGAAAAAUGUUAAACUUGUUUUUUAUUUGGAAUGCAGGAGACUCAAUCAAUAUCCAAAUAUUACGAAUAUUAAUGAAUUACUAAAUGUUUUCUACAAAGAUAUUGUAAAUGACUUUAUAUUUAGUAGUCAUAUUACAAUGUUUAUAAUUGAUGGAUUAGAUGAGUUUAAAUAUUUCAAUGAGUUAUUAAAUCCAAGUUUGACUUGUAACUAUCCAAUUGUUAAUGCUUUCGCAGAAAUUACAAAAUACAAAUAUGUAGUUGCUGGUAGAGUUUAUGCAAUAGAUCAAUACCAAAGUAUAUCUACAAAACAUAGCCAUAAGUUAACCAUUCAAAUAAUGGGGUUUAAUGAAAAUAAAAUAAAUAAUUAUAUAGAAAAUCAUGUUGUGGAAGAAAAAAAAGAAGUUGUAAAAUCAACUUUAAAAGAGUCUCCAAAUGCAAAAGUCAUGGCAUCUGUUCCGUUUUAUUUAUCUUUAAUGUGUAAAACUAUAAGUGAUUCACAAAAUAUUGAUUCAAAUUCUUUCUUAACAUUGACAGAUUUGUAUGCAAAUAUUUUUUUAUAUUUUUUGCGAGAACACAUAAUUAAAAACAAUAAAUUGAUUUAUGAGAUAAUGGAAGAAAGUUCCAAUAAAAAUUAUAUUUUAAAUAUUUGUAAAAUUGCAUAUAAAUUGUUUGUUGAAAAUAAAAUAUUUUUUUCUGAAGAUGAAGUUCAAGGUUUUUAUAGUGACGUUGAUAAAAAUGAAAACAAUUAUUUUGGAUUUAUAGAAAGGAUUGAAACAGAUCUCGAUUGUUAUUAUCAGUUCGUAAAUUCAACAAUAAUGAUGUUUUGUGCAUCAGUAUAUGCAUAUAAUUGUAUAAGUUGUGAUGAGAUUAUGGACAAUAAGAGGCUGAAGAGUUGCUUAUCAAUGAUUUGUGGAUUAGCCAAAAAAAACCAAAACAUUUUGAUAAAGUUUCUUGUUAACCUGAAUCCUUCAAAAGAAUCCAGUGAAAAAGCUUCACUUUUGUAUUCCAUUUUGGAUCGUCUAAGUAAAAGUGAUAAAAGAAAAGAUUACCAUGAUUUAUUCAUUGAAUGUUUUUAUGAAAGUCAAUCAUCAUUUAAUGAUGAAAUUAAAUCAAUUGUUUAUAAACGAGAGUGGUGGAUUUCGAUUGACGAUGGAAAAACUUCUUACUUAACUUCUUGCGAAAAUUAUUUCAUAAAUCAUUACGUAAAAUCUGGAAGAAAGUUAUCGGGGUUACGUGUUGAUAAAAAUAUUUUAAGUGAUGAAGAAGAAAAACUUCUAAUACAAUGUUCAACUAAUGUUCGCAAUGUCAGAUUUUAUCGUUUUUUCGAAGGUUGGAAACCGAAAGAUAAGAUUGAAAUUAAGAUUGAAGUGUUGACGAUAUUGAUCUCACUUUAUUUAAUAACAAAAAAAGAUUUUGAAGAAAAUUUUCUUCCGUGGAUUAAUCUUUGUGAAAACUUAUAUCUUAACCUUCACAAAAACAUUGAUUUUAUUAAUGAAUUUUAUGAAUGGAUUCGUUGUUCGAAUGUCAAGAAGUUUGAGAUCAAGUACCGUGGAUAUUCUUUUGAAAACCUCGAUGAAUUAAAAAACUUUACAACACGAUAAAAUAUUUAAUACCUUAAAUAUAUUAAAUAAAAACAAUAACUAUAAAUA